AUGAACUCUCUGGAUCCAUCGUCUCCAGUGAAAGAAGACGCAGGGACAAUGGGAUUUGGAUGUUCAGAAGAUGAGUUGCUUGCCUCCAAGCUGAUUGAUUUUGAUUGUUUAUCGAGAGGGCGCUCUGAGAAACCAGAUAUUCGCCAACAUAGUUCUUCAGGAUUACUAUCCACCGCAACUUCUUUUCCAUAUGCUGGAUGUCUUUACACCGGCCUAAAUGACGAGGAUUUCUCGAUUAUACCAGAAUGGCACCUCUUCAGCGGCACAAGCUUCGCUUUAGGGGAGAGUAUUGUCGCUAACACAUUUCUACCUAUAUGGAGUUCCACUGAAAGUUUCAAACUACCAGACUGCUUUAGUUCUCCGAUGAUGGUCAAUGAUAGCGGUGUGGAGAUGAAGAGUCGAUCGAUCACAAGUUCUGAGUUUUCUGAAAUCGCGUCGAGUAAGGAUCCAUCGUCUCCUGUGAAAGAAGACGCAGGGACAAUGGGAUUUGGAUGUUCAGAAGAUGAGUUGCUUGCCUCCAAGCUGAUUGAUUUUGAUUGUUUAUCGAGAGGACGCUCUGAUAAAGCAGGUAAAUGUUAUGUACAUCCGAAAGCGGAUUACUAUCCACCGCAACUUCUUUUCCAUAUGCUGGAUGUCUUUACAGUGAGUUUCUGCGCACAUUUGCCCUACCCCUCCCCUCCUUGA